CGAGAGAAAUGUAGGACAUGUUGUAGAGAAAGGGAAAUACUAGAAAGUAAGUUAGCGAAAGAGGAGAUUAGGUUAGCAGUGGAAGAUAUUUUAGGAUUAUACACAUAUAUUUUUAAAAAACACUGGGUUAAAUAAAAUAAUAAAAAUAGGUAUCCACACUCCAUUCCAGUAGGUGGCGGUAAUGCGCACCAGAAGGUUGCUUGCCAACCGCCAUUAAACAAAAGACGAAGAAGAUCCGAGCUAUCCUGACCGCAACUAACUGACGAAAUGGUGGACGAGCAGUUAAACACGACUUAAAUCAUUCAUCAAAGUGGGAGAGACUAUUCGCCCUUAACGUUAACCAACACUCUUGAGUUUGUUCGCGAGAAAAACCUUUCGAGUCGUGGUCUGGUAAAGCAGUUGAGCUAACUGCUAGCUCGGCGCUUGAGGAGGCACCUGACAGCCGCUCACAUGAUUGCAAUUGUAAACACUUGACAACGAAAGUAUUGUCGCCCUGUUUUUGCCUGGAUGUGUAGUUUGCUCCCCUGGGAUAUCGUUGACAACUGAGCAACUUCAACUGAACCGCAGCAACAUGUUCGGGAAGAAGCGUAGAGAGCCGCUCCCCAAAGGCAGGGGAGCCUCCACCGCAAAGCAGAUGGGUCUUUUCUUAGACCUGGAUCCCGAGGGGAUGAUGUUAGAUGCCGAGGAGAAUUUGGACGACCCAGAUUUGGAGGCUGAGCUGGCUGCUCUCACUGGAGGCAAAGUUGCUGCUAAUGCUGAAGGAAGAGCAAGAAACAAGGGGAAAAGUCCCAUGCCAAUGGAGGACAUCGCCAGAAUGGCUGACGCGUGCAUGAGAGACGUGGACGAGGAGGAAGAUGACAACAAUGUGGAGGAUGAUGAAGAUCUCCUGGCCGAGCUACAGGAAGUGGUGGGCGAAAGUGAGGAGACUGUUUCCUCUUCUGCCGCCAAACCUCAACCGUCACCCCCCUCCCAGCAAACAAACGUCCCGGCAGCGGCGCCCGGCAGCGUCCAGCACACUUUGGAGGAGAGGCUGGCCAUGUACAAGAUGGCGCUGCAAAACGCCAAGGCUGCGAGUGAGAGCGCCAAAGCCAGGAGGCUGGAGCGUGGGCUAAAGACACUGGAGACCAUGCUAGGUUCCAUCAAAAAAGGCCGUCAGGUGAACGAGGCCCAGAUUCCUCCGCCUGUCGCCACAGGAGCCCCGAGCGGCGCCACAUCGAAGCCCCCGCAUCCCUCUUCAGCCAUUCCCUCGCCAGCAGAUCAGCCAGUGGAGUCUGAGGCAACGACACCAGAAAUUGUCACCGCUGCCAUUGAGGAGGAACAAAACACAUUGGCAUCCGCACCCGUGGCUCUGAGCGAGCCUGCUAAGCCCUCACAACCGCAGGCAGAAGAUAACUUUGAGCAGGAAGAUACAAGCCAGCAAGUCCUGACUAUGCUUCAAGAAAGGCAGAGACAGUACAAGAUGGCUGCUCUGAGGGCCAAGAAGGAGGGAGAUGCGGGACAAGCCAUGCUCCAUUUCAAAACCAGUAAGGGGUUUGAUUCAAUGAUUGAAGCUUUGAAACAAGGACAAGCUGUCGACCUCAACAGCCUUCCUCCCCCGCCUCCAGGUGCAGGUGGAAGCACCACCGCGUCAGUGAAGCAAAAUACUCAGGUCUCCCAACCGGCUGCAGCAGCUCCAGCCCCCCAGGCUCCAAAAGACGCGCUGGAGGCGCUCGAACAGAGGCGAGCUAAGUACAUGGAGUCGUCUGCUGAGGCUAAAACCAGCGGGGAAGACCGCAAGGCCCGAAUGUACGAUCGCAUUGCCAAGCAAUACCAGAGCGCCAUCCGAUCUCACAAAGCUGGAAAAACGGUCAACUUUGACGAGCUUCCUGCUCCGCCAGGUUUUCCUCCGAUACCGGGCCAAAAGUCGACGACGGCUGAGCAUGGAUUAGUUGCGGCGCUGGAGGCCGCCACCAAGAUCGCCUCCACUGACGAUGCUGCUGCAAGUGCGGAUGAAGAAGCAGAAGAAAAAGAAAAGGAGGUGGAGAUUAAGCGUGAUGAGGAGCACAAGAAGAGCACGUUAAGUGUUCCCGCUUCAUCUCAAGGUAGGAGGAGGUCUCCGUCAGCCUCACCUGAGAGACCGUCCACCAGACAGCUCUCAGCAGCAGCGGCCCAGCAGCUGGAGUUCCUGGAGGGCAGGAGAAGGCAGUUCAUGAAGGCAGCUCUGCACGCCAAGCAGAAGAACGACAUGGAGCAGGCCAGGAUCUUCCUCCGCAACGCCAAGGGGUUGGAGCCCAUGAUCGAAGCGGCACGCAGCAGUCAAGUGGUGGAUGUGAGCACGGUGCCGUCGCCCCCUGGUGACGAAGACGAGGACUUUGUCCUGGUGCACCACAGUGACGUUAACCUCUCCGAGAAAGGCGAGCAGAUCUACGUUCAAUUAGCCAAGAUACUCAAAGAGCAGCGUGAGAAAUGUCUGACCCACUCCAAGCAAUUCACUCACCUGGGAAACGUCGCCGAAACCACCAAGUUUGAGAAGAUGGCUGAGUCUUGUAAGGCGAGUCUGGAGGUCCUGAAGGUGUCCCAGGCGAAGGGCCUGCCUGCCCCCACACAUCACUUCGAGGACGUGACUUUCCACACUGUCAGGAUGUUUCCGGAUCUCAGCAGCACAGAGAUGGUGGUCCUUAUCGUGAAAGCCAUGAAUCUUCCUGCUCCUAGCGGCAUCCAAACAGGCGACCUGGACGCUUAUGUGAAAUUUGACUUCCCCUACCCCAGCACGGAGCAAGCGCAGAGGCACAAAACAAAUGUUAUCAAGAACACAAACUGCCCAGAAUACAACCAGAGCUUCACCCUGACGAUCAACCGCAACCACCGUGGCUUCAGGAGGGUAGUGACGUCCAAAGGCCUCAAGAUGGAGCUGCUGCACAAAGGUGGUUUCCUGCGGAGCGACAAGCCGAUCGGGACGGCGCACGUCAGGAUGGACAAACUGGAGUCCCACAGUGAAAUCAGGGAGAUCGUGGAGGUGAUGGACGGCCGCAAGCCUACUGGCGGUCGCCUGGAAGUCCGGGUGCAACUUCGGGAGCCCCUCAACGGACAGGACAUGCAGGCGAGCACCGAGCGCUGGCUGGUAAUCGACCAGUCUCAGGUUCUCCUCUAGAUGUUUCUUUCAAGGCGUGUUGAAGGAAACCAAUCAGAAACACUUUGCACAUUGCAAGACACUUGACUUCCUUUCCUGGCCUCGCCAGGUCAGUAGCGCCCUUUAGCGACGUCUGCUGGCCAUGAGAAGCGCGGCUGGCUGAGUCGCUCGUAGAGCUAACAUUGACCUGCUGGCAAAAAAUAUGACUUCAUGAAAUAUGGAUGUUAUCGAAGACUGUACUGUGGUAUCUAUGCACUAAUACCAAAGUAAUCACUGUUGCUGUCAAAUCCUGCAUCUUGGGACGAAUGAAACGCUGCUGCCAAAGCACUUUUCAUCUCUUUCUGUCUUCAGAGUAAUAUAUUACACUGUUACUUCACAUAAAACUAGUUUACGGUGAGGGUAAUUUAUUUUCUCGUACAUGUGCACCGGUGUCACUAUCCAGUGCCAGUUGGAAAAUUAGUUUUAUUAUGGUCUUAAGACUACAUUUGGAGACAUUAUUUACUCAUUGGUGGGGUUGCAUGAUGUAUACACCUACAAGCACAAAUUAAAUUAGCACUAGUUACUCUGAUGAUUUUGACAUUCUAACUGCACACAGAAUAGCAUCGCUUAACUUAUCUUGUUUUUUUAAGAACUGUGGUACAAAAAGCCAUCUUGGCAAGUAAAGGUACAUUUACCGCUAAAGCAGGGUAACCUAUAUCAAGCCCUGAAACAUUGAACAUACCGUAUUUUUCGGAGUAUAAGUCGCACCGGCCGAAAAUGCAUAAUAAAAGGAAAAAAACAUAUAUAAGUCACACUGGAGUAUAAGUCGCAUUUUUUGGGGAAAUGUAUUUGAUAAAAGUCAACACCAAGAAUAGACAUUUGAAAGGCAAUUUAAAAUAAAUAAAGAAUAGUGAACAACAGGCUGAAUAAGUGUACGUUAUAAGAGGCAUAAAUAACCAACUGGUAUGUUAACGUAACAUAUUAUGGUAAGAGUCAUUCAAAUAACUAUAACAUAUAGAACAUGCUAUACGUUUACCAAACAAUCUGUCACUCCUAAUCGCUAAAUCCCAUGAAAUCUUAUACGUCUAGUCCAGGGGUCACCAACCUUUUUGAAAGCAAGAGCUACUUCUUGGGUAGUGAUUAAUGCGAAGGGCUACCAGUUUGAUACACACUUAAAUAAAUUGCCAGAAAUAGCCAAUUUGCUCAAUUUACCUUUAACUCUAUGUUAUUAUUAAUAAUUAAUGAUAUUUACACUUAAUUGAACUGUUUAAAAGAGGAGAAAACACGUAAAAAAUGACAAUUAAAUUUUGAAACAUAGUUUAUCUUCAAUUUCGACUAUUUAAAAUUCAAAAUUCAACCGAAAAAAAGAAGAGAAAAACUAGCUAAUUCGAAUCUUUUUGAAAAAAUUAAAAAAAGAAUUUAUGGAACAUUAUUAGUAAUUUUUCCUGAUUAAGAUUAAUUUUAGAAUUUUGAUGACAUGUUUUAAAUAGGUUAAAAUCCAAUCUACACUUUGUUAGAAUAUAUAACAAAUUGGACCAAGCUAUAUUUCUAACAAAGACCAAUCAUUAUUUCUUCUAGGUUUUCCAGAACAAAAAUGUUUAAAGAAAUUCAAAAAACUUUGAAAUAAGAUUUAAAUUUGAUUCUACAGAUUUUGUAGAUUUGCCAUAAUAUUUGUUUUGAAUUUUAAUCAUAAUAAGUUUGAAGAAAUAUUUCACAAAUAUUCUUCGUCGAAAAAACAGAAGCUAAAAUGAAGAAUUAAAUUAAAAUUUAUUUAUUAUUCUUUACAAUAAAAAAAUAACUUUACUUGAACAUUGAUUUAAAUUGUCAGGAAAGAAGAGGAAGGAAUUUAAAAGGUAAAAAGGUAUAUGUGUUUAAAAAUCCUAAAAUCAUUUUUAAGGUUGUAUUUUUUCUCUAAAAUUGUCUUUCUGAAAGUUAUAAGAAGCAAAGUAAAAAAAAAUUAUGAAUUUAUUUAAACAAGUGAAGACCAAGUCUUUAAAAUAUUUUCUUGGAUUUUCAAAUUCUAUUUAAGUUUUGUCUCUCUUAGAAUUAAAAAUGUCGGGCAAAGCGAGACCAGCUUGCUAGUAAAUAAAUAAAAUUUAAAAAAUAGAGGCAGCUCACUGGUAAGUGCUGCUAUUUGAGCUAUUUUUAGAACAGGCCAGCGGGCUACUCAUCUGGUCCUUACGGGCUACCUGGUGCCCGCGGGCACCGCGUUGGUGACUCCUGGUCUAGUCUCUUACGUGAAUGAGCUAAAUAAUAUUAUUUGAUAUUUUACGGUAAUGUGUUAAUAAUUUCACACAUAAGUCGCUCCUGAGUAUAAGUCGCACCCCCGGCCAAACUACGAAAAAAAACGCGACUUAUAGUCCGAAAAAUGCGGUACGUAUGCUCUUAUUGUAUAAUGAUAAGCAUUUAAUAUGACGCUUUCAGGACAAACAUAAAUCUCCCCCUAAUGGGAAAAAGGUUCUCCACCUUUGCUCUGAACUGUCGGCACCUAUUUUAAGUCCACUGUUAUCACGAUCACAUUAACCUUUCUCCUUUCCCCCUCAUGACUCAUCAUGAUACCGCAAUUCUUUUCAUACAUUUCACUUCUUCUGCAAUGGCCUGCUUGUUUACAAUCGCCCUGGAUGUCAGUUAUAUUCCCACAUAGUGGCCUAUCUUGAAUAAAAAACGAAACUUUAAAACAUCUAAAUAAACUGUUUUAAUUUU